AUGGCCUCCAGGACGGACACCAGCUUGAACACCAGGUCGUCGAAGAAGGAGAGCUGGAUGUUCACCCUCCUCCACCGGAAGGCGCUCCCCAGGAACUUCACCCUCGCCCACCACGACGCCGCCCGAGAAGUUUCAUUUGACGAGUCUCUAGUACUUUUGGCUAUGAGUGAUUGUGGAAGUGUAUAUACAAAUUUGAAUGGUGUUAAGCUCAAGGUUGUGUCUAAGAAUCCUUAUGAAGUAGCUAAAGGUGCAGGUGGAGUUGGUGUUAUGAUGAGAUCAACGAUUAUGGCUGGACUUGGAAGAUGUGUGGCAGCUCAACUCCUGUGGAGCUAUGCGAGAGUUCUGGACGGAAGAGGGGGCAUGGAAGGAAGUUCGAGUAUGAACUCGACGCUGAUGGAAGAAGAGCAUUGCAUCACGCUCCCCCCGAAGAUCAAUUCGCAUGGGCUACAGGUGAAGGGUUACUGGGAGCGCGGCGUGUUCCAGUUCGCGAUGCCCCAGAUGCAGCUCCAGAUGGUGCUCAUCUUCGCCGUCUCGCAAGCCUUCCAUUUCAUCCUGAAGCGCGUCGGCCUCCCUCCCUUCGCCACGCAGACCCUUGCGGGGAUUAUGCUCGGGGCGGUGAUCGGUAAGAACAAGGACAUCAAGAAGUUCCUGUUUCCGAACUUUGGGAUAGACGAUUCGCAGGCGCAGGAGAUCCUGGACGCGGUGGAGCUUUUUGCGUACACGAUGUUCUUGUUCCUGAGCGGGGUGAAGACGGACAUGGGGAUGCUAUGGAAGAUCGGGAAGAAGUCCUGGGCAAUUGGGGUUGCCGCCUCCCUAGUGCCGCUAAUGGUAGGCGGCGCGGCCCUCUUUGCCCUUGCCGACUUCCGCAGGCCCGAUACUAAGGAGAUCAUGCUCCUGACUGCGAUCCAGUCCAUUACCGUCUUCCCUGUGGUCUCAUGCCUCCUCAACGACCUCAAGAUCCAGAACUCUGAGCUGGGCCGCCUCGCGUUGUCCUCAUCCCUUGUGAGCAACCUCCUCGGCCUAGUGCUCCUGUUCUUUCCAUCGCUCACGAGGAUGAAAAAGGAGGACGCUUUCAAGAACGUGGCCAUGGCCGCGGGUUUCCUCUUGGUGAUCAUCUUUGUAGUGCGGCCCGCAAUGCUCUGGAUUAUCCGGCAGAACCCCGAGGGCAGGCCCAUGAGAGAUGGCUACCUCCGCGCGAUCCUGGCCAUGCUCCUUCUGUCCUCGCUAGCGUCCAGGUACUUUGGCCAGUCGGUUCUGUUCGGGUCCAUCUGUUUCGGGCUGGUGGUGCCCGACGGUCCCCCGCUGGGGUCCGCGAUAGUGAACAAGCUGGACUGCUUCUUCGUUGGCCUCAUUCUCCCGAUCUACGUGACGGUCACAGCCGCAAAGGUGGACCUGACAGCACUGACGGGCUCUUUCCAAGAUAUGAAGCUCGAGCUGAUCCUUGUCUCCCUCGUGUUCGUGUCCAAGUUCGCGGCAUGCCUCGUGCCCCCGCUAAUCUGUGAGAUGCCCGUCAAAGACUCGUUGGCCCUCGCCCUGAUCCUGUGCUGCAAGGGGGUCGUCGAGCUAGGCAUAUAUCGGUUCCUCCACGAGAUGGAGGUCCUCAAUGAGGGCCGGAUGGGGCUCGCCCUGAUGGCCGUGCUCGCUUUGGCGAGCCUCAUGCCAAUCUUGGUUAAGCUUCUAUUCAACCACUCUAGGAAGUAUGCGGGCUACCAGAAGCGCAAUGUCGUUCACCUGAAGCCCGAUUCGGAGCUCCCAGUCCUGGCCUGCAUCCACCGGGCUGAUCAGAUCAACCCCAUCCUAGACCUUGUCGAUGCCUUUUACCCGACCCCGGAGGGGCCUGUUGGGGUCUACGCGCUCCACCUGAUCAAGCUGGUGGGACGGGCCAUGCCCGUCUUUAUCACCCAUCAGCUCCAAAAAGACGGUGGCUGA